GCUCACACAGUGCACAACUGCCUUCAUGUCAGACAACACUCGAGGAGGGAAACUGCCGCUUUUACGCUCACAGCCGCAGGAACUUUCUACAUGACGACAGCGACUACCCCGGAGCAUUACUAACGCCAGAUAUACUCGCUUUUACCGCGGGAUUACUGCCAGCAGAGCGGGAUUUCAUAUCCUGGCAGUCGGGGUUAUGGAUUUUAACCUUCUGGCGGACAGCGAGGCCCGAAGCCCAGCACUGUCUCUCUCGGACUCCGGCACCCCACAGCAUGACCCGGGCUGCAAGGGUCAAGACAACAGCGACACGGAGAAGUCGCACCAGAAUCAGACGGACGAGUCCAACGCGGAGGACGGGUCACUGAAGAAGAAGCAGCGGCGCCAGCGGACCCACUUCACCAGCCAGCAGCUGCAGGAGCUGGAGGCCACGUUCCAACGUAACCGCUACCCGGACAUGAGCACGCGUGAGGAGAUCGCCGUGUGGACCAACCUCACCGAGGCCAGAGUGCGGGUGUGGUUCAAGAACCGGCGGGCCAAGUGGCGCAAACGCGAGCGUAACCAGCAGGCGGAGCUGUGCAAGAACGGCUUCGGGGCGCAGUUCAACGGGCUCAUGCAGCCGUACGAGGACGUCUACUCUGGCUACUCCUACAACAACUGGGCGGCCAAGGGCCUGGCGAGCAGCCCGCUGUCGGCCAAGAGCUUCCCCUUUUUCAACUCGAUGAACGUGAGCCCCCUGUCCACCCAGCCCAUGUUCUCGCCUCCGCCCUCCUCGCUGCCCUCCAUGAACAUGGGCUCGGGCAUGGUGCCCUCGGGAGUGACCGGCGUGCCCACCUCCAGCCUCAACAACCUGGGCAACCUCAACAACCUCAACGGGGGCGGGCUGAACUCGGCGGCGGUGGCGGUUUCCGCAGCGACGGGGUGCCCGUACGCAGCGGCCGCGGCAGCGUCGGCAGCCGGACCCUACAUGUACAGAGACACCUGCAACUCCAGCCUGGCCAGCCUGCGGCUCAAGGCCAAGCAGCACGCCAACUUCGCCUACCCGGCCAUGCAGAACCCCGUGUCCAACCUGAGCCCAUGCCAAUACGCCGUGGACCGCCCAGUAUGAGGUCCCGCUAGUCACAACCCACACACACACACACUUAACUCACACACAUGCACACACACACACACACAUAUCCCUCCUAAUCAAUUCAACCCCACAGUGUAGAAACCAAUGAAGUCCAUCUGAGUGACCCGACAGGAACAGGAACAUGGACCGGACUGAUGUGAUCUGAUCUGAUCCGCAGAGCCUUCUUUGAUUGGAUGAUGGCGCCGCAGAGCCUUCUCUGAUUGGAUGAUGGCACCACAGAGCCUUCUCUGAUUGGAUGAUGGUACCGGGUGGGAGCACAUGGCCACAUAAGAACAGGACAAUUCAGCCGACGCCUCUCCCUACAGGACCACACUGAAAAACAUUACGGCCAAACGGUCCAGUCAGACAGGCCGCGGGAGAGUUGGUGCCGGAUCGGUCCAGUUCGGUCCUCCCUCGCUGGUGUGGCCUACUGUAUACGACUCCAGCCAAUGGGAGUGAGAGGAGGGGGUGGAGCCUAAACGCAUGCACUGCACCGAUGGCAAACUCUUCAGCAGUCCAACUGAAAACGAUUAGAAACAGACGGCCACUGAAGACCAGGCUACGCGGCAGAGCGACCACACGGGCCGCAGUGGCCAGAGGGGAUGUACAUAAUGAACUAUAUGUUUUGUAUGUGACGACAACAAUAACGACAACAAACAAACAAACAAACACAACACAACGACGAAUAAAAGAGACCUUUCAAUACGUAGUACUUUGAAGAUGAGAUGCGCAUGUUCAAGAGCUGAGUCUGGAGCAGAGCACUCGGUCGACCUCCUCCAGGAAACUGAAUCUUUGUUAUGAAUUCCAUUCCCCUAGGCCAAAGGUCAAGGGUUAGGGGUCGCUGUCAGAAGGAAGACGAAACUUAGCUGCAAGUAGUGUCAGAGACAAGACAAAUAACCAGCGAGAACGAGACCUCAUCGGAGAUGACAUGUGUCUCAGCCAGAGCCGACUAGGGCAUUUUUUGAGAGGAGAGCUGAAGUUUAAGAAAAAGCCAUUGAAUAUAUAGAUUUGUGUGCUGUUUGAAAAAAGGGAGUCUAUGAUUGUAAAAUAAUGUAUGUAAGAGUGCAGUUGUUAUAAAAAAAAAACAAGCUUUUUUUUCUGGUGUA